CCAGAUACGAUUCUCUCUGCCAUACUCUCUACGAAGCUACCAAACUCUCUAACAAUGGCACCCAAGGCAGAGAAGAAGCCUGCGGAGAAGAAGCCUGUGGCAGAGAAGGCACCGAAACCGAAGGCCGAGAAGAAGCUCCCCAAGGAUGCGUCAGCGACAGACAAGAAGAAAAAGAGGAACAAGAAGUCGGUAGAGACUUAUAAGAUCUACAUUUUCAAGGUUCUGAAACAAGUUCAUCCUGACAUCGGUAUCUCAAGCAAGGCUAUGGGGAUCAUGAACUCGUUCAUCAAUGAUAUAUUCGAGAAGCUUGCUCAGGAAGCGUCUCGCCUUGCUAGGUACAACAAGAAGCCUACAAUCACCUCCAGGGAGAUCCAGACCGCCGUGAGACUUGUGCUUCCUGGUGAAUUAGCGAAGCACGCUGUGUCUGAAGGUACUAAGGCCGUCACCAAGUUUACUAGCUCGUAUCUAUGCUCUUUUCUUGUUGAGUUGUAUCUAAAUUUGGAUGUUGAAUAUGCAAAUUUUCUUUUGGGGGAUAUGAGUACUGUAAGGGUAUUCGCUUUGAGGGAUGAAAUUGGUGCCCCAUGCUUUUUUGGACCUUUUUGGAAAAAGGUUGGACUAGCCCUAGCAGUGAAUGCAGUUCCCCUCACUUCAGAGAAAGUAAAAAAGUAUGGACGAAGUAACGAUUACACACUGAAUGUGAAAGAAAACCUAUUGGUAUUUGGUGAUCCUCUUCUCCCCUUUAUUCCUGAAGGUGCAGGUUGUUCAUCUUUGAACUCUGUUUGGGAUCAUCUUCUUGAUUGUUCCUUUCAGAUACUUGUUGCCAUGUCGGGCUUGUCGCGGUGGUUGGGACGACCUCCUGAUAGCCUAGAGAUAGUUUUAUUGCCAAUUGUUCCUGCCAGAUGCGUGUUCUAUAUGCAACGUAGAAGUUUGUGGAGAUGGUGGUUUUGCCAUUCUUGCAUGAGUUGCAUCCAGCUUGUAUUUUCUCUCUUUCACAAACCUCUACUUGCUCAAAUGGCACCAAAGGCAGAGAAGAAACCUGCGGCGGAGAAAGCUCCGGCGGAGAAGAAGCCUAAGGCUGAGAAGAAGCUCCCUAAAGAUGCAUCUACGGCGGGGGCUGAUAAGAAGAAGAAGAGGAACAAGAAAUCAGUGGAGACGUACAAGAUCUACAUUUUUAAGGUUCUGAAACAAGUUCAUCCUGAUAUCGGUAUCUCAAGCAAGGCCAUGGGGAUCAUGAAUUCCUUCAUCAACGACAUAUUUGAGAAGCUCGCUCAGGAAUCGUCUCGGUUGGCUAGGUACAACAAGAAGCCUACCAUUACUUCUAGGGAGAUCCAGACCGCCGUAAGGCUUGUACUCCCCGGAGAAUUGGCCAAACAUGCCGUGUCUGAAGGUACCAAGGCUGUAACUAAAUUUACAAGUUCUUAGAUCUUAUACUGUAGAUGCUAGGGUUUGUUGUGGAAAGAUUGUUUUCUAUAUAUUUCUGAUAUUGGUAGACCUAUCGAUUUGACGUCGGUAGUACCAAAUGUGUUGCAAUCUUCCAUUUUUAUUGAAAUGAGAUCAGUGUUUGGUAAUUUGUUUCC